UUUAUGGAAAAAGGAUGUGACGUAGGACGCAGUCUGUGUAGCAGAAGUUUGAACCGUUUAGAUCUGCAGAAGCUGGACAUUAUGAACAAACAAGAAGAGACAUGGGAGAAACUGGACUCAGAGUUUGACCAUCACCUGGUUGACAUGAAACCAUAUGUCCUAAAACUCCCCCACAAGACAGAGCGCCAGCUGUGUGCCCUGUGGAUCAAGAAGCUGUGUGACCCAGGUGUAUCCGGCUCGGGCCUGAUGGGACGCAAGAACCGCAACAUGUACGCCCGCCUGCUCCUGCACAUGCUCAGAAGAGGGGUCCUGGAGGGCCCUUUCAGCCACAAGCCAGAGUCAGGCAGUCUCAAGACUCUACCAACAUAUAUGUCCAUCUACUUUGACGAGCCUCUAUGUGGCCAGGGCCUGGAGCAGAGCACUGCAGGCCUGCCUGACUGGGUAACGGGAGAGCUGGGCCAGGGUGACGACUCCUGGGACAGCCUGCUCAGAGAGAGGGCCAGGUCCUCUCCCACAGCCUACUCUAACACACACAGGAGAAGACGGCUAUAUGAGGAGAUGUCUCCAUCUCGGCCCCUGGCCUCCAGCCCAGUGAAACGCUCUUCUGAAGACCACAACAAAGGGGUGGAUGGCCACAGGAAGCCAGUGGUGCCGUCUCCUGACGACAGUGAACUGGAAACUCGCCUCAACAGCUGGAACCUGGGGUAUGUCUGCCAGGGCCACAUUCAGUAGCCAAACGUUGUUGAACGUGGCAGAUAGAAAUUCCACGAAUAGAGCCAACA